UCUGCCGCAGACAGCAGCAGCAGUGAUUCGGCAACGCAGAGCAACAACAAAUAGCAAAACAAAUCUGUCUUUGAAUUUUAAACCAUGACGAUGUUUUAAGCAAUGCCUUUCGAGGAGGUACAUGGAGAUGUGAGGAGGACCCAGUGUCCCAUGUUGCAUUAGUGUCUGUGUGAAAUGCUGGCCUGUCUGCCAGGGCCAGGUGACCUCUCCCUCCAGCUUCUCUCCCACACGCAGAUGAACACUGGACUUCAGAAAUGGGACACUACACAGAGGAUGAGAUCUGCUCAAUAUCCAACACCUGCAGAAUUGGAUGCUUAUGCUAAGAAGGUUGCCAACAACCCCCUGACCAUUAAGAUCUUCCCCAACAGCGUCAAGGUCCCCCAGAGGAACCACGUGCGCCGCACAGUCAACGGGCUGGAUACUUCAGGCCAGCGCUAUAGCCCCUACCCCCCCUCUCAGGCUAGCGCCAAGGCCGGCCUCCUUGCCAUCAUCAAGAUGCCCGUCAUCAAGGGCAUCCUCAAAGACUUUGAUGGCAGCCGGGUACGCCUGCACCCCUCCGAGGUCAUCAUGAACCCCCCUGGCCCCGGAGGACCAUACGCAGCAGCGGCCUCUGCCAGCACUUUAAACCUCCACCACCCCCCUUCCCAAGGCCAGGGCCAGGGCAUGCCCCGGCAGAGCCAUCACCCUCACCCUGGGAGCCAGACUCACCCUCAGACUCUACAACAGACUCACCCCCAGCAGCAGGGUCAGUGCCAGGUCCUCAGACACCCACACCCCAUGCCCCAGCAGCACCCAGAGCAGAGUCUGCCCAGGCCCCAGACUCUGUCCCACCCCCCAGCCCUGGGCCACCCCCAGCCUCCCUCUGGCUCCACCCUCCUGCUCCAACAGCAGCAGCAACAGAACGUUCAGCAGCAGGGGCAGCCUCCUCCCAGCCUGCAGGGGGGCCGGAAGCUGCCAGACGCUGAUGCGCCGCCUAACGUGACCGUCUCUACCUCAACAAUUCCUCUGUCCAUGGCCGCCGGCCUGAACCAGGGCCGCCAGCCAGACCUGAGCAGCAUCAUGCACCAGAUCAACCAGUUCUGCCAAUCCCGGGCCCAGGGGGCUGGAGCCACCUCCAUGUGCGAGGGCCAGAUCGCCAACCCCAGCCCCAUCAGCCGCAACCUCCUCAUCAACGCCAGCUCCAGGUUGUCCUUGCACAGCCACCCCCACCCACACCCCAAUGUCUGUCCCCCCGGGCUGCCCCCUCACCCCAACUGCAUCAUGUGCCCCGCGAACAAGGCUGCUGCCCCCUCUCACCCCCAAAACAACAUGGCUGCCAUUAACAGGAUGCCUGUUUACCACAAUGAUAUCAAACAGCAGCAGCAGCACCAACAGCAUUUACAACAGCAGCAUCAAGAACAACAGCAUCAACAACAGCAUCAACAACAGCAUCAACAACAACAACAACAACAACAACAACAACAACAACACCACCAUAAUCACCAACAGCAGAUGCGCUGGAACCAGCAGCAGUUGGCUCAUCUACAGCACAUGCAGCAGGAUGGCGGGGGCCACCCCUGCAAGCACCCCUCCCACAUGGGCUACCCCCCGGAGCUGUGUGUGGGCCAGCCAUACAGCCUGAAGCCUCCUAUAGAGAAGCCCACCCCCUCUCCCCCCGUCAACAACAACAACAACAAUGGCAUGCCUGGGGGUCCACUGGCCCACUACACCAGCGGUGGCCACUAUUUCCAGCCACACGCUGUGUGGAACAGCAGUAUCCUGCCAACGCCCAACAGCGACAGCUCCGGGUCUCAGGACCUGUCCAUGCCAUUCCAUGGUGGGCCCCCAGGGGGCGCCACCACCCUAGACUGUGGUGGGCCCCCUGGGGGAGGCCAUUACAGGCCCGGCGCGGGCUCCUCCUCCUCCGGCCAGACUAGUCUGGUGCAUACGGCAGAUUACUUGGGUGGGGACUUCCAGACGCCCUGCUUCCGAGAUCACAAUCUGGGGCUGAUGGGUAAGAUGCACAGGCCUCCCAUGAACAGGGUGGGGCCCGAGGUUGGCCCCGGGGACGGCAGAACCGAUCACAUCCAGCACCCAGGGUACAGAUAAGAUAAGCUACGGUCGGUCUUGUCUACACAGCAGUUAUCAAAAACAAAAUCCUUUUAGUCUUAAGAAAGGAAAAAUAUGAAAACAAUUAAAUUAAUAAAUUAAGUAAAAAUUACCGCUAACAUUAAAAAGAGGACAAAUUAAUAUAUAAUAAAGAGCAGUGUUUCUUUUUCUUUCUUUCUUUUUCUUGGAGUCAAUCUUGCAAGUGAUCAAUUGAUUUUGUAAAUGAGUGCUUUGACUAGGCACCCUCUAGGGAACGUUUCUAAUGUAUGUGAUUGUCAUCAUUCCCUACCUUUUCCCCAUCCUACCUGUCUAUCAGUGUGCCUGGAUCUAAGGAUACAGAGUUAUUUUUACUUCAGAUCUGUCCUUCCUUAGUUUCUGCAGAGGAUGGAUGAAAACUGAUGCUUGAUGGAGGAAAGAAAAAACAUUAAUUAGUUUGUUUUUACAGGGUCGUGUGGGGAUUUCUCCACUGCGAUUAGUUUUAUUGGACAAGUUGCUAAUUUUCCCUUUUUGCGUUUACUUGUGAAACUCGUGGUGACGUCAAGAUUAAAAAUACAAGCAUAUAUUUUCCUCUUGAAAUCACCUUGCAGACGAGAUCAUUAAUGAAUGGUUCAGUGAGAAACUGAAACUAUCAGUCACUGGACACUACAAAGGACAGACUGAGACACUUGCCGUAUGCACAUGUACAAAGAGGCUUUUUUUUCUCUUUCUUUUGAAAUGUAUUUUUUUGUGAAAUAGGACUGUUUUCUGAAUCAGGUCACUGUUCAAGGUUGAUUCCUCGCUAUCAUCGAAGUAUCUAAUCUAAUCAGGUUGAUGUUUGUACAGAGUAUAGAUAUAUACUGUAUAGACAGUAUAGACAUCUUGAUCAAGCAGGGAGCAACAUACGUGGGGACUGACUGGGGGAGCUGACCAACGCUCUCUUGCUCAAAAUGCUGCAAUGAAUUCAGGUGUCUGUUACAAACCAUUUGUCACCAAUGCCAAUUGAGAUUGGCAACAUGAUUGUGGAUUAAUAUAUUUUUAUUUCAAUGGAGUGAAAAAAUAAAUGAAAUGAAAUCUGUUCAUUCUGUCUGAAGCCUUAAAUGGCCAAAGUCACAUAAUUGACAAGGAAAACUGCUUUUAAAAUGUAAUUUUAUGUUGGUAAAAUGUUUUUCCUAUCAUUUUUCGUAAACCUGAAAACAACUACUUGAAUUGUUGAGAUGCGAUGUUCUGUUUGGCAGUUGUUUAGUGAAGGGAGUUGGCUAGUUAGCAGGACUAAACCUUUCUACUGGAGUGAAAUAUAAUUGUUACUAAUAUUAUUUUAGAAACUAACUAUGAACCAAAUCAGAGUUUUGAUCCUGAGUGUAUUUUAUUUUGUUUUUAAUCACUAAGGGUAACUUAAGUUAGGUGUAGUUGCUACUGAUUCUGGUAUGAAGUCUGCUGAAAAGACCAAAUUGAUCACUUGCAAGAUCACUUAGAGGUUAAAGGAAAAUGACUUAAGUUAAAGCGAAACAGCAAAUGCAUUGUUUAUUUUAUUGUACACUGGCUUAUCUACUAUACUACUGUAACUUUAAAGUGUAAUGAUUGUGUGUGAAUGAUGCCUGCUGAUGCGGGUUGAGUAUAGACGUGCGUGCAUGUGCGUUUUGUAUGUAUGCAGAUGUGCGUCUGUCUGUACGUGAGAGUGGUGGACACACUGACCUCCACUUUCUGUUCGCCUCCCUCCAAGCCCUUAAAAAGCCUUAAGUAUUUGGUCCUUGGACUUUCCUUUGAAAACAAGCAUGGUUAUAACGAAAACCCAAAAUGAUGAUUAUGAGAAUGAUGAUUGCAAGGAUACAUACAGAGGAACCGCAAUUUCUGUUUGUUAAUUUGCCUUUUAUUUUAAUUACGUUUUUGUUGAAUAUAAAAGGCAAUUCCUUAGAGAUUCUUCUUUAUUACGAAAACAAGAAAUGUUGUAAUUAUAUUUCAAUCUUACAGUGCCUUGCAAAAGUAUUCAUACCCCUUGGAUUUCUUAAAAUGUUGUGUUACAAAGUGGGAUUAA